CCGCGGGGCGGGAGAAAGAGUUAAGCUAGUCCUCGACCUCACUCUUUUCGGUUCGGGCCGAGACUCGAGCGAGGCGCCAGGAGCGAGCGGAGGCUUCUUUCGACGCUCUACACAUCCGGACAACCCGCCGCCAUUAUGGUGAAGCUCGCCAAGAACGUUAAAAGCCUGCCUAAACAGAAGAAAAUGGCUCCUCCUCCAAAGGAUGUGGACGACAGUGAAGAGGAGGAAUCAUCAGAAGAGGAGGAGAGCAGUGAGGAGGAGAUGGUUCCCCAGAAGAAAGCAGUUACCCCAGCAAAAGCAGCAGCCAUAGCUACUCCCAACAAAAAAGCAGCAACUCCUGGGAAGAAGGUAGUGGCUACCCCAGCCAAAAAAGCUGUGGCUACUCCAGCAAAGAAAGCCGCUACUCCACUGAAGAAGACGCCGGUUCCUGCCAAAGGAGCAAAAAAUGGGAAGAACGCCAAGAAAGAAGAGAGUGAAGAUGAGGAAGAUGAGGAGGAUAGCGAGGAGGAUGAAGAUGAAUCUGAGGAGGAGCCUGCAGUGCCAGUGAAGAAAACUGUGCAGGCAGCAGGAAAAAAGCCUGUGGCCACUGUAGCUGCUAUAUCAGCCAAACAAGAGUCUGAGGACGAUGAAGAUGACGAAGAUGAUGAGGAGGACGAUGAAUCUGAAGAUGAGCCCAUGGAGAUCACCCCAGCAAAAGGGAAAAAAGCUGUGCUUGCAAAAACCGCACCAGUAAAAGUCACACCCGCUAAACUCUCCAAAGAAGAUUCUGAGGAUGAGGAAGAUGAUGACGAGGAGGACGAUGAAGACGAAGAGGAGGACGAUGAAGAGGAGGAAGAGAACGUGAAAGAAAUGUCUGGAAAAAGAAAGAAGGAAAUGGCCAAGCAGAAAGGAACCCCAGAUGCCAAGAAAAAGAAAACUGAAGAACCUGCCUUCUCCAUCUUCAUGGCCAACCUGAAUGCAAACAAAGACUUUGAGGAACUGAAAGUUGCAAUCAAGGAUUUCUUUGCCAAAAAGGAUCUUGAAGUGCAAGAAGUCAGAAUUGGAAACUCAAAGAAGUUUGGAUAUGUGGAUUUCUCGUCGGAAGCUGAUGUGGAUAAAGCACUUAAGCUAAAUGGAAAGAAAUUCUUGGGCUUGGAAAUAAAACUGGAAAAAGCAAAGACCAGGGAGUGCAUCCAAGAGAACAAGAAAGAGAGAGAUGCAAGGACUAUCUUUGUGAAGAACCUUUCUUACAGUAUAACCCAAGAAGACCUGCAAGAAGUUUUUGACAAUGCCCUGGAAGUCAGGCUGGUGUCCAAGGAUGGAAAUAGCAAAGGGAUUGCCUACAUUGAGUUCAAAUCGGAGGCAGAGGCAGAGAAAGCGAUGGAGGAAAAGCAAGGGAUGGAGAUUGAGGGUCGUGCCAUCAUGCUUGACUACACUGGUGAGAAGAGCCAGCAGGAUGGCAGAAAGUCCAGUAAAGGAGCACAGCCAGGUGGAGAGUCAAAGACCCUUGUUGUGAACAACCUCUCAUAUGAUGCGACAGAAGAAUCUCUCCAGGAAGUCUUUGAGAAAGCGGCAGCAAUCAGGAUCCCACAGAACAACCAGGGGAGGCCAAAAGGGUACGCAUUUAUAGACUUCCCCACAACUGAGGAUGCAAAAGAAGCAAUGAAUUCCUGCAACAACACAGAAAUUGAAGGCCGGACAAUCAGGCUGGAAUUCAGCACACCAGGGGGACAAAACAGGAAUUUCAAUGCUAGAGGAGGAUUUGGACAGCAAAGCAAAACACUGUUUGUCAAAGGCUUGUCUGAGGAAACAACAGAAGAAACAUUGAAAGAGUCGUUUGAUGGCUCCGUUGGCGCAAGAAUAGUCACUGACAGAGAUACUGGCUCAUCCAAAGGGCCUCUGCUUUGAGCAUCUCUGUGUAAACUCAACCUUCCUGCCUUCUCAAUGAGCUCCUUCCUGCUGAUAAUCCAGUGGCAGGCUAUGGAUUCGCACGAGAAGAAGAGUAAAACUGCAGCCCUGACCUUGGGUGCCUUGUCUGCUUCAGAUGAGCAACUGUCAUUGCUGUGGGACAACCCUGCAACUUGCCUGCCUGCAGAUUAAUAGCAUGCAGUGCAGCUUGGAGUUAAGUGUGUGGAUAUCUUAAGUCUAGGACGGGGAAGACCACUAUCUGUGCGGCUUUCACAAGUGUAGACUGUUGAUGUCAGAAGCUUCGAGGGUAGAGCAGGAGACUCUUAGUCUCAGGGUUGUAGGUACAGGCUCUACGUUUGGGGAAAUAUUCCUUCAUUUCAGGGCCUGGGCAUUUGAGCAGCAUUGUUUGUAGCCAUGCAGAAAUUAGAACUACCAUACCAGCAUUAAAUGUAAUAUUUAUUGUAGUUCAAUUGCCUUUGAGCACAACCUUAGCUGGUGCUUACCUGCAUUUAAAAACAAACUAAUCUGGCCAUCUUCUACAAGGGAGAUCUGCCUUUUGUAUGCAUUUCCUGGACAGCUGAAAGUUAGCUGAUACCUGGCUUGUUUGCUGCUCUUCUUUCAGGCUAAAUACUUCAAGAGUGCAGAGCAGCUGUUCUGUUGAAGCUUAGUUGUAGUCUAGGGUUGAAAGUCGUGUUUCAGCAGGCAUGUUCUGUCAGCGAACUAAGUUUAACAUCCCUAGUCCCUUUGGCAGGAAGGUGGGCUAGGAAAUUAGAUGCCUCAGGUGCAUUGCAAAUAACUUGGGCAGUCCUCGUUCUACCCAGAAGGGCACCUGUUGUGUCUAUGCUUGUGUUGCUCUCAGUUUUUUGUGGUGCACUGCUUAGAUGUGUGUCAUUUGGCCCUUGAAUUCCUCCAAAGGGAGCUGUAGUGAUGAUUGCAGGUAUUAAAGACCCCUCCAUCCGAAGCAGUUCUUCACCAAUGGUAGAAUGUUGAAACUGUCCCCUGCUCUU